AUGGGAAAGCUUAACGUCACAGUGCUGCGAUACUUAACUAAAGAGGAUUUUCGUGUGCUCACAGCGGUUGAGAUGGGCAUGAAGAAUCACGAGCUUGUACCCGGACAAUUGGCUGCAUCUAUUGCCAAUUUAAAGGCCGGCGGAGUGCAUAAACUGCUUCGGGAGCUUUGCAAGCACAAACUACUUUCGUACGAGCGCGGAAAGAAAUAUGAUGGGUACCGCCUUACGAACACCGGUUACGAUUAUUUAGCUUUGAAAUCCCUAACGCUGCGGGGCUCUGUUUCUUCAUUCGGCAACCAAAUAGGUGUAGGCAAAGAGUCCAACAUUUAUGUCGUUGCUGACGAGGAAGGCCAACCUAUUUGUUUGAAGUUGCACAGACUCGGUCGGACUUGUUUUCGCAAUAUUAAGUCGAAGCGAGAUUACCAUGGGCGUCGUCAUAAAGCCUCUUGGUUAUAUUUAUCCCGCAUAUCAGCAACGCGCGAAUUCGCCUACAUGAGUGCAUUAUAUGAUCGCGGGUUUCCAGUACCAAAACCAAUCGAUUUCAAUCGACAUUGCGUGUUAAUGGCGCUUGUCAAUGGCUGGCCAAUGACUCAGGUACAGGAAUUGGUCGACGUCGAACAAGUAUAUGAUGAUCUAAUGAACCUAAUAGUUCGUCUUGGCAAUGCUGGUGUCAUUCACGGCGAUUUUAAUGAGUUCAAUUUGCUGCUCGCUGAUGAUGGAAAACCUGUUUUAAUAGAUUUUCCCCAGAUGAUGUCCACCUCACAUGAAAACGCUGAAUUUUUUUUCAAUCGUGAUGUUAAUUGUGUACGUGAAAUGUUUCGCAGAAAGUUUGGCUACGAAAGUGAAGAUUUUCCUAAAUUUUCGGACCUGAAACGCGAAGAUGAUUUAGAUGCUGAAGUACAUUGUACCGGCUACGGUGUCACCAAAGAAAUGGAAAGAGAUAUUUUGCAGGAGUAUGGUAUGAUCGACGAGGAAGGGGAUAGUGAUAAUAGUGGACACGAGCUUGAGGAAUGCCCCACGGAGAAUUAUACAAAUGAUGAACUCAAAGCGUAUCGUCGACAACUUGAAAACGAAGUAAAUUUUAGCGAAACGAAGAGUACAAAAAAAACCGACGAUUCCAUUCGCCGUUACAUUGAAUCAUGUUCUCAAUAUUUGGCAAACAUAAGCCUAGCUGAAGAAGGCGCACCGGAAAGUGAACAAAAAAGUAUCGAUAGCCCUUCCGAAAGUGAAAUCAACGCCGUUCAGCCAAAGAACAUUUCAGAUAAAGUGGAUCGUGGCAACGAAUCGGAAUCGGAAUUAGACGCCAGCGACGAUGAUCGCUAUGAUGAUGCUGUAUCUAUGAGCUCAAAUGAUUUGGAAACGGACAAUUUACCAGAGUUAGAUAAAAUUGACCCAAAUUCACGCAUGUAUCGUCUAAAGAUGGUAGAGAAGCUCUUGAACGACACACGUAGCCAACGUUCAUAUUCAACUAAUGCGAGUACAAUAGCGCCAUCCGUGGUAACUGAUCGCAUAAGAAAAAACCUAGGUGCAAAAGAAAGACGGGAAAUGCGCAAGCAUUGUGUGGCUAAAGGCGAAGCAAGUGCUGUACAUAGACAUCGCAAAGAAAACAAGGACGUAGUUAAGGAAUACGCUGGUUGGGACUUUUAAACUGUCAUCUAAUUUAUCUGUCAAUAAAACAUAAAAAAGAAAACAAAAUGUCGCCGUCAUUAUCAUCCAUCCAGGAAAAUGGAAAGGUUUCCUUAUACUAUUUGACGUGACUGUGUCUGAGCUCUUUCAAUUUGUAGUGUCAAGACACUUGGAAAGGCAACAACAAAACUUCAAAGAGCACUUCAAAUACAGCCAAAAAAAUGGAUUAUGAAAAUCAAACGUGACUUUCGCCCUGAAAACGAAAUGCAAUCCUAUUUAUUCUGGCACCACACUUAAGACAGAAACAACUUCUGGCUAAAAUAAUUCAAAUCCUAGUCCUUUUUAACAACAACUGCAACAAAUCACCCUCUAGCCUCACAUUUCCGCUUCUCUUUUGAAUUUUCUUACGAGCGGAAUGUUUUUUGUCGUCGGCUGAAAUACAACACCUAACAACUAGCACAGCUGCGCCGCAACACUUUAACGGUAACUGGAGGCGCGAACCUUGGCCACUUCAAGAACAUCACAUCAACAGCGAAGCGAAAAACAUAAGCACAGCAGAAGUGGCAUAGCGCUA